AUGCCUGGGUCAAAGAAGGGACAGAGUGUCUUGGAUGCAAACAGGAAAGUAAGUCAUGGUGACUUGUCUGUUAAUUGUAACGAUGUGUCUGAUGUUAAACAUGAUAUGGCUGAUGUUACUGUUUCGCCGUUCAGGGAUAAUAGGAACAUCAAACUCCCUAAAUUAGAACCACGGUGUUUUGAUGGAAACCCGGCUGAUUAUUUACAAUUUGUAAAGGAGUUUGAGAUCAUGCUGAAUAGUUUUCUAUUAAAUGAUGAAUUGAAAUUGAU